GUUUAAAGGUUGACGUCUCUGUACCAGGCGAGCCAGGCGCAUCCUCUAGCCGGACACCGGGCGCUGCAGGCCGGGACCCUGCGCCCCUCACCGCUGCCUCGCGCCCGUCCACCCGCCGGCAGCAUGGACAGGCUGAGCGUGCUGGACCAGCUCCUCCCGGAGCUCAGCUUGCUGCUCAAGUUGCUGGAUCAUGAGUACCUGAGCGCUACCACCAUGGAGAAGAAACUGGCCGUCUCCACUAUCCUGCAGAAGCUGCAGCCCCCUGCAGGGAAGACUCUGGACUACAUGUAUGUGAACACAGCAGCCCUGCAGAACAGUACCAGCUUUGUGGAGUCCCUCUUUGAAGAGUUUGACUGUGACCUGCGAGAUCUCCAGGAUAUGCAGGAGGAUGAUGGGGACACCAGUGAGGGCAUUGGCUUGGAGCUCACAAGGAGCCAUCCAUCUAAAAAUGCUCCCAGGGACCCUCCUCCACCACUUCCCACAACCCCCCCACCUGAAGAUUACUACGAGGAGGCCCUGCCUCUGGGCCCAGGCAAGGCCCCUGAAUACAUCACCUCCCGCAAUAGCUCCAGCCCCCCCAACUCAAUCGAGGAUGGCUACUAUGAGGACGCAGACAGCAACUACCCUGUUACCAGGAUGAAUGGGGAGCAGAAAAACUCCUACAAUGACUCUGAUGCAAUGAGCAGCUCCUAUGAGUCAUAUGAUGAAGAGGAGGAGGAUGGGAAGGGCCAGCGACUGACACACCAAUGGCCGUCAGAGGAAGCGUCUAUGAACCUGGUGAAGGACUGCAGGAUUUGUGCCUUCCUGUUGCGUAAGAAGCGCUUUGGGCAGUGGGCCAAGCAGCUGACAGUCAUCAAGGACAACAAACUCCUGUGCUACAAAAGCUCCAAGGACCGGCAGCCACACCUGGAGGUGCCCCUGAACGCCUGCAGCGUCAACUAUGUGCCUAAGGAUGGGCGCCGCAAGAAGCAUGAGCUGCGCUUCUCUCUGCCAGGGGCUGAGGCUCUGGUGCUGGCAGUGCAGAGCAAAGAGCAGGCUGAGGAGUGGCUGAAGGUGAUAAAGGAAGGGAGCAGUGCCAGUGGAGGAGGAACAGGUGUGACUGAAGCCCCUACAUCCCCUGUGCUGCAUUGCAAGAUGGACCUUGACAAGAGGUUAUCACAAGACAAACAGACGUCUGACUCGGACAGUGUGGCAGCAGGAGAGAACUGCACCCCCAUGCGCCGAAGGGAGCACGGAAAAGGCAAGAAGAGUGGCUUGGCUGAACUGAAGGGCUCAGUGAGCCGGGCAGCCGGGAGGAAAAUCACCAGGAUCAUCAGCUUCUCCAAAAAGAAGCCAUCCCCUGAGGACACGCAGACGUCCUCCACCGAGGAGGACAUCCCCUGCUGUGGUUACCUGAAUGUCCUGGUUAACCAGUGCUGGAAGGAGCGUUGGUGUUGCUUGAAAGGCAACACGCUCUAUUUCCACAAGGACCGCUCCGACUUGCGGACGCACGUGAAUGCCAUCGUCCUGCGCGGCUGUGAGGUGGUGCCAGGCCUAGGCCCUAAACACCCGCUUGCUUUCCGCAUCCUUCGCAGUGGGCAGGAGGUCUCUGCCUUGGAGGCAAACUGCUCUGAAGAUCUGGGCCGCUGGCUUGGCCUCCUGCUGGUUGAGACUGGCUCCCAGAAAACCCCGGAGGCCUUGCACUAUGACUACGUGGAUGUAGAGACAAUAGCCAACAUAGUCACCGCUGUGAGACACUCCUAUCUGUGGGCCAGCGCCUCCCAUGAGAGCCAGGCUGACUCUUCCCGGGUGGUGUAUGAUGACGUCCCCUACGAGAAGGUGCAGGCAGAGGAGCCACCGCGGCCGUCGGGGGCCCAGGUGAAGCGGCAUGCCUCGUCCUGCAGUGAGUCGUCACGCUGCGUGGACCCGCAAGUCAAAGUCAAAAGACAUGCAUCAAAUGCCACCCAGUACAAGUAUGGGAAGAACCGGGCCGAGGAGGAUGCCAGGAUGUUCCUGACGGAGAAAGAGAAGCUGGAGAAGGAGAGAGCUUCUAUCCGGAAUGAGCUGGUGACCCUGCGCAAGGAGAAAAGGGAACUCCGGGAGGCCAUGAAAAGCAGCACAGGGAGGAAGCUGAAGGAGCUGGAGGAGCAGGUGGUGGCCCUGGAGGAGCAGUGCAAAGGGAAGGAGGAGCAGCGCGUGGACCUAGAGCUCAAGCUGACGGAGGUGAAGGACCGGUUGAAACAGUCGCUAGCAGGAGGGCCAGCUCUGGGGCUCACCGUGACCAGCAAAGCUGAAAAUGGGGAGACUGGAAAUAAGCCAAAUGGGAACCCCACGGAGCACUUGGUCCCGGUGAACUGUGCGGCGGAAAUGAGGAAGAGGAGCCCCUCCAUCCUCCCUGCCAACAAGGGGAAAGUGCUGCAGAAGGCCAAGGAGUGGGAGAUGAAGCAAACCUAACUGGGGCAGCCAGGCCUCACCUGCUGCGAACCGACUCGGGCCCUGGGACACACUGAAGAGCUGCAAGCCCCUUUUCCCCAGGGAGAGUGGAAGAGGAUUCUGGCAAGCGUGGCUCUCCAGCAGGGGGAUGGGGGCAUGGGGAAAGCACCCACCUUCCAAUGGUGGGGCCGUUUGGCAAGCAGACAAGAUUGGGUGUUGGGGAGAGGGGAGGGAUAUUUGGGAAUGGGCGGGAAUGUUUCAAGCGUAAGGCUCCCAUGCAGCUGGAAUGCUAGUCUUGAUUGCACCACAGGUGGUCUGUGACUAGAUUGUGCUUUACCUCCUGCUGCUCAGUUUCCUCCCUCUGUCAAAUGUGGGUCAAUAUGAUCUAGUCUCCAGUGAUGGGUGGGAUCAGCUUUCAUUAGAGGCAUUACAUGGAAGUGGUGCUAUUUACAUGUGAUUUUACUGGAUCAGGCCAUUGGCGUAGUUAGUCCACUAUCCCCAACCAGAGCAGAGAUUGUGUGGAGCUAGCCUAGUCUCCUCCCCUCUGCAGCAGCCAAACCCAGAGGCCCUAGGAGGAGACCGUGUGGCCAUGGUGCUUUCUUGUGUAUUGUUUGUUUGUUAGAUCUCUGACCCUUAGAGCGUCUGACUUAGUGGGUGGGCUCUGCCCUGUUGCAGUCUCUUCUGUCACGCUGCAGUUGUCCUUUUUGUAUUUUUUUUAAUAUACAUCAGAUAAAUUCAGCACAGCAGGGGAAGAGGAAGGCUGGGAAGCUAUACUUUAAAGUGGCCACUGAUUUUGGAUGCCUCAGUGUUGGGGUUCAUGAGCCACCCUGGGCUUAAUUCUCAGAGCUACUGCUCCCCCCAGUCUCUCCUGACCACACAUGGAGCUUUGUGCACUCAGCACCUCUGAGUGGUGGGGGGCCAGGUUGUCUCAAGUUUGUUGCUUCUGGCUCAACUGUUUGAUCUAAUUCUAGUCUCCUUCCUGCCGGGAACAGCUGUGCUGCAGGGCAACGCUACCCAGUGCAGGGCAAGGGCUGGCGGCCUUUGGAGAACGAAUGCUGUGGAAGUUCUGCUGCCAACAUCUGAAAGCACCCCCACUUGGGCCUGGCUCAGCAUCUUGGGGCAGGGGGAUGGUAUAGGGAGCCGCCACCUUAAAGCACUGUCAGAUGGUGAGCUGUGGAUGGGGGAGAUAAGGGUAUUGCCUGAACUAAUGGCACAUUCUCAACACUGCAUGCAGGGCAGGACACCUCCAUUUCAGUGACAGCCUCUGGAAGAUGAGGAGGACCAGGGAAGGGGGCAAGAACAGAGGAAACAAUUUCAGCCAGUGUAGUAUGGAGAAGAGUAAGCAGAGCCAGGAAGCCUGGGGGAUAGAGGGAAAGCACAAGGCACUCCUCUUUAUUCCUGGACUGCACCAAAGGGUAAUGUGCCAGUAAGCUUUCACUACAACAGAACCUGUGGAACUUACUGCCUCAGGGUAUUUGUAUGAUAACUAGCUAAGCAACCAUUAAUAAAAGUAGCAACUGCAGGAAAAUGAGCUGGGCUCAAAAACAUCUGUGUGUUCCUGCCUGCAGAGCUGUUCGGUAGUUGUAAAUCCCCCACCCCCAGCUAAUGUCCACACUAAAGAAAUACUGCUUCCCCUCCUCCCCUCAUGUAUCACUUGUUCUUCAUCCAAUUUGAAUGCACCCUGCAUCCACAUACACAAGAGCUCAAGCUGGUUUACAGUCAGGCAAGUACGGUUCAGCAUAGAUUAUGCUGUAGCAGUGUUAAUAUUGAUUCAAUCUCCCUCUUGCUAGUCUCAGUUGUCUUAAUGUCAAACCAGAGUAUUGGAGCGGUAGGUGCCUGAGUGGGAUUUUUCACUGCCUUGGAUGCAGUCAGCAUCAGUGAACAGAAGAGAAUGAUGCACUUGGAUAAGCCUGUGGACUUCAUAAAAGUCCAGUUUUGCAGAGACUCCGCAUCCCCUGCCCCUGACAGCAACCUUGCCCUGGCCCCUGGGUAGUCUCCAAGCCAUGGUGGGAUGCUGUGGGUGAGGCUGCUAAGGAACAUUUCUGAUCUCACAGCCCUGGCCAUGCCCAAGCCUAUGCUGUGAUUUGGUGCUAUUUGAUUGUUGCCUCUCCACAGUUUGGUUGAAGGCUGGGCCUUGUCUCCAAAGAUGUAGGAAGAAGGGGAACUGGAUGCUUCUGUUCCUUGAAACGCUCUCACCCUCCCAGCACCCACAGCUACUCCUACCAUAUGCUAGAGCAUCUCUCACCAUGUCCUUGCCACUGCAGACUGCUCCCUCUGUC